CUGGGUCAGCUGAUUUGCUGAAAUUGACAAACAGGCCACCAUCACAUUAAAGGACCGUAUGUUGUAGAGUUGUACAUGCAUGCAGUGCACCAAUUCUUCUGCGAGCAGGAGGGGGUAACUCUUAUUUAAAAAAGAAAAGGAGUCAAAUUGUAUAAAAGUCUAUGAGAAAAUGAUCCUACUGCUCACUUCAUUUCUGACCUCAAUAAACACUUUCCUGAUGAGUUUAUGGCUUCAAUAUUUUCAGGUUUUUGAAUACAUGUUUAUUUUUUCAAUUCUAUACACGUUUGAUAAGUCGCUACCACACUGAGCACGCAGUGUCCCUCAGUUUCCUGAAGCAUAUGUCCCGAGUUUCAAAGUUCACCUUGAGGUUUCACAAACAGGACUUUCUUUCAGUCUGUGUUCAAUAAACAUCGCUUUAAAAUAUGAACACUUCAUGACUGACAGUUUAACAGUAGCAGCAACACAGCCUGUAAUGAUAUGAAGAUAAUGAUAUGAAUGAAAGGCCCAAAGGUCCAGGUGCUUCUCUUUUAGAUCCUAAUGUCCCUCAACAAAUACCAAUGUUGUUCAUGCAAAAAAAGCACAAAACUCUCGGUGCUCAUAUCCAAGAAAUGCUCCGAUCAAUUUGAUUUAUUAGCUCAGUUCAAUAGUUUUUGUGGCUUAAAGAUUGCUCUCUGUAUUGUUUGGUGAAUUUAAAAGGACUCAUAGAUUUGCUGCUCCUUUCUCCUGUCUGUACUGCUUCCUACCCCUUAUGUUAAUGCCACUUUAUUAUAAUCACAGUAACAGUAAUUUCAUUUUUCAGCAGUUGAAAUGAUAAGCUUGUUAGGUGAAGGCAACCCCAUUAUAUUACAAUGCAAGGCUUCUGUAGUUGAAUGAUAAACUUUAGGGGUGCAAGUUCCCUAAAAUAAAAAUAAUAAAAACAUGGGCUUUUCCAACUACUGCGGUUCUGAUGUCCACUUUUCCCAGUUCUCACGUGAGUCACGUGCCUGAAAAAUGUUUUCUAAAUUGUGACUUCUGAUUGAAUAUUUUGACACGCAUCUGGGUGCAUCGCCCCCUCCCUGCCUUAAUGUUGUAUGCAUAGACGGUCCAAAGCAAGAAAGAUGAGCUCUGACCUUUCAUGUCACAGAUAUACCUUGAUGUUCUUUACAUUGCAACAAUAAACAAAAUAUAUAAAUGACAUUGAAUUUUCAAUGAACUCCAGUUCUGGGGGGUUUUAACCGUAUAAACUGGACUACAUUAUGUGCAUUUUUGCUUGAUCCACGUGCUUGUAUCAUGACCUUACUUUAGGUCUUUUUAUAAGGCACCAACUGUGACUGGUGCAGCAAACACACGAGCACCUAAGCUAUCCACGCGUGUACGCAACUAAAACAAGCUGCGUGAUAUUUAUUGUCGCUUUUCUUUCAUUCUUGGCUGCCUUCCGGUAAUUUUCCUGUUAAGUAUCAAACAGCUUCUAAAGUAAAACAGUAUUGGAUACUGGCGGUGGCACUACUGCAGUCUUGCCAUUUUCCUCAUCAGUGCUCGUGCUGCUGGUCCAAUAUUCAGUCCAAUACUGCAGCCUUUUUGGCAGGGAGCGCGCCUCCAAAUUUACCCUCCCGCUGCGCUCGCUCCCAGUACCUUAAAAAACGCGUGCACGGCUGAAGGUCACUUAAACACAAAAGGCUUUCAGCGCUGCGGUCCAAUAUAGCGCAUGCGCGCUGCCGGAGGACUGCUUCACAGACCGCAAUAUGGCGAGAAUGCCUGGCAGCGGAGACACGGAGCAGGAGCAGAUGAGCUGCCCCAAGAGGAGCAGGGAUGAGGAGGAGGAGGAUGAGGAGGAAGAUGAAGAUGAGAUCCAGGAGGUCCAGAUCACCGGGGAGGAGGAGGACGAGGAGUCCGACAGAGAUGGAGUGGAGUGGGAGUCAGGGAGCACAGUGCUGGACUCCAGCGGUUCCGCCGCGCAGACACAAGCGGUCGUUAUGCGGAGUAUGGACCGAAGGGAGGAGGAGGAGGGGGAGGCAGACCCACUCGGCGGCAACAUCCCCUCCGGGCACGAGUCUCACCCGGAGGGAGAACUUCAGCGGUCAGACCGAAACAAGCUGAGCGAGAACACCCGCCUGGCCACCAGGUACGCCGUGAGGAUCUUCAGGGAGUACCUCAGCGAGAAAGCCCAAAGUCCAGACUUUGAAACUCUGGACAAGGAUGCGCUCUGCGCUGUGCUGCGCUCCUUUUACGCCGAGGCGCGCUCCAAAAGUGGACAGCUGUACAGCAAGUCCUCCCUCAUCAGCAUCCGGAGCUCUCUCAAUCGCUACCUGAACGAACCGCCCUACUGCCGCACCUUGGACCUCACCAAGGACCCAGAGCUGCGCAGCGCUAACCUGACCCUGGCCGCGGUCAUACGGAGGCUGGAGGAGCAGGGUGCCGGUCCGGUGGUGCAGAAACAAGCCAUCACGCGCUCGGACCUGCGGAAACUGUACGAGUCCUCUGUGUUCAACACCGACACCCCGUUUGGGCUUCUGAACAAAGUCUGGUUUGAGACCUGCAUGUAUUUCUGCACCAGGGGAAGAGAGAACCAGCGGGAGCUGGAGGAGGACUCGUUCGGUCUGGCCGUGGACGAGGACGGAAGAAAGUUUGUGUAUUUUAAAGCUCUCGGACCAUAUCACAAGUCCCGCUCCGCCGCCUGGACCAAGAAGCGCCCGGACGCAGACGAGGACACGCUGCCGCGCAUGUACGAGACAGGCACGGAGCAGUGUCCGUACGCCAGCUUCGUCCGGUACGUGUCCAAACGGAACCCGCUGUGCAGGGCGUUCUUCCAGCGGCCCCGGGACCACUGCUGCGCGAGCGACGUGACGUGGUACGAGAACAAAGCCAUCGGGAAGAACCUGUUGGGCACGAGAAUGCAGAUGUUGUCGCGCGCUGCCAAGCUCUCGAAAACCUACACCAACCACUGCAUCGGUGCCGUCUCCAUAGCAACCCUCAACAGCAUCGUGGGGGCCGCGGGCUUCAAGCCCUCGACGACGCUUUACGUUACCUCGGAAACGGUCAAUGGUCACGCGCAGUCCCACCUCCAGCUCGUGAUCCCGUACCUGCGCCGGGUCAGCGAAGCUGCGGAUCUGAAUCAGCAGCAAAGCACAGAAGCAGAGACGUUGAACACAUCGCCUACAUCAGCAGCAGCAGCGAGGAGGGAGAGCAACGAGGACGACCCGGGAGCUCCCUCUGCCAAGAAGCGCUGUGUGCGCCCCGGGAAGCGCGCCGAGUCGCCCGUGGAGCCGAAUGAGAGAGAGUCGGUGCCUGCCACAGCCACGGAGUCCCGUCUCGCACAGUCCGGUGCCCGGUCCCCUGUGCCCACAGAGGACAGACGUCGCAGCGGCAGCUGCAGCAGCAUGUCGAGUCAGAAGCUGGCUUCUUGGUCUCCAAUGUCUCCCCUGUGCACCACGGGAAUCCCGGCACCAGCUCAGCUCACCAAAACCAACGCACCAGUCCACAUUGAUGUAGGAGGACACAUGUACACCAGCAGCCUGCCCACACUCACCAGGUACCCCGAGUCAAGAAUCGGGCGUCUGUUCGACGGCACAGAGCCCAUCGUGUUGGACAGCCUGAAGCAGCACUACUUCAUCGAUCGGGAUGGGGACAUGUUCCGCUACAUACUCAACUUCCUGCGAACCUCCAAGCUCCUCCUGCCUGAUGACUUCAAAGAGUACUCCCUGCUCUACGAAGAGGCUACUUUCUUCCAGCUGGCACCUCUAAAGACCGAGCUGGAGCGCUGGAGGGCUGAGCAAGAGCGCCGGGACGUUUCUCGAGACUGUGAGUGUGUUGUGGUCCACGUGACGCCGGAGCUCGGUGAGAGGAUCAGUGUGAGCGCCUCCCGGGCAUUGAUGGAGGAGAUUUUCCCUGAGGUGACUGAUAUCGUCUACAGUUCUAUGAACGCCAGCUGGAACCAGGACCCCACACACGUGCUCCGCUUCCCGCUCAACGGCUACUGUCACCUCACCUCAGUUCAGGUGCUGGAACGACUACAGCAAAAAGGUUUCUUCAUCACAGGGUCGUGUGGCGGCGGAGUGGAUUCCUCCCUGUUUAGUGAAUACGUUCUGCGAAGGGAGAUCCAAGGCAGACGCCCCCUGAUCCUCAAAGCAAUAAAACAGGAACUCCUGCAUUAAAUCCAGAAGACCUGAGUGCACAUCUGUUCUGUGCAAGUACGUGGACAGAAUUUGUCACAUGACACAGACUCUCUCACUCUGCAGCAAAAAAGUGAGUGACCCCAAAGGACGUGCGAAAUGUGGUCUAAUCCUCAAAUAUGAAACGUAAGGUAGUACCUGAAUUAAAAGACAACACAGCCAUCCUUUCGCCAAUUUAUUUCAUCACAUUGAUGCAAGAUUCUAUAUUUUUUCCUUCCUGUGAUUCCCAAAAUUGUCAAUAUUAACUUUAAAGUUAGAGAGAUAGUCUAUGUCACACUACCAGAGUAUAAACAGUUUGGCAAAUCCAGCCAUUACUGUAAAUAAAGAUUUUUCAAAAGAUACAUUUUUUUAAUAACUUCUUGUGAUGAGAUAAAAACAUGUAAGAGAUUUUGUUUAGAUUUGUUGGAAAUCAAAAACUAGAAUCUCGUCUUUAAAGGUAUUCAGAUCCGUAACUCUGCUUUGUAAAUGCACCUUUGGCAGCAGUGACAGCCUCAGGUCUUCCUGUCUGUAGUUCUACACUCACACGUGUGUUACAUGUCUGAGAGCUAACCAAUGCUCAUUUUCUCCUUUAACGCACACAUAUCUAAUCAUGAGGGCAUCACAUCAAAUCUGUACACAAACAUUUGCAUUUCAGAUGUGAGUCAGUGGCCCACAGAUCAUCAGAAACCGUUUUCCACAGGCGAUGCUGGUUUCUGUGCUUUCAACUUAUCCACGGUUGCAUUGAACAUACAGUGUGUAAAUAUGAAGCCUUGCCUGCAUGAACCUUUACAUUGAGCUUUAAUACUUGCGAAGACCAUCAGUUACUUUUACCUGAUGCAAGUGUGACAGGUUUAUUUUUGGUACAGCAAAAAAAAAAAACAUGUAACAAACCGAGCUUUUCAGUUAUUUUUUUAAGCCUUAAUUUUAUUUAUGGCAUGCAACAUUUUUACUGUAGAAGCACAAUUUUUCUCCUCAUUCUUUGAGAACUUACAAGACUCUACAAAAAAAAGAGAAAUGAAUGUAUUUUGUAUUUGGUUUUUCAAACGUGUUUUGAGGGACAAGGAAUCAAUCCCACAUGGUAUAUUCAUAUGUCAUCUUUUGUUCUGCAUAAUUACUGUAAGAUAAUUUUAUGAAUGAAGAACUGAGGCUCUUUAAAAGGCUAAAUGCACAAAUCUGUCAUGAAUUUUAUUUUGAAAAGGUAAAACUUUGAUUCUUCAUUUGUAAGUGGCAUUGUGCACUUUGGACAGUUCAGCCAUUUGGAAAAUGUGCUUGUCUGACAUUAAGAGGACAGAUCGACCUCAUAUUCAUGUAAAAAACUGAACAAAUGUUGAACAGAAAACCGCCCACCACUGUGGAGAUGCGGUUAACCAACACGAGUAGCCAUCAAUCAGAUCACAACAAGAAAACAAAGGAGCACAUUUUCCAAAAUGCUGAACUAA